UAUGGUUUGGCCGCAGUACUUUUACAUUUUUACAAUUUGCACAUCCAAAAGAUCCAGUCUGCAUUUUUACUUUAAAGUUUGUGCGGCAAGACAGUAGGUGCCCACUCAAUUCUCUGCAGGCAUUUAUCCGGUCGCCUGAUGGUCCUUCCUCCUUUUCUACGUCCCUGAGCAAGGCCGGCGUCAAGAUGAAUGACACAGUAACAGUCAGGACCCGGAAAUUCAUGACGAACCGGCUGCUUCAGAGGAAGCAAAUGGUCGUAGAUGUCCUGCAUCCCGGCAAGGCAACAGUCCCAAAGACUGAAAUCAGGGAGAAACUUGCCAAAAUGUACAAGACCACACCUGAUGUCGUGUUCGUAUUUGGCUUCAGAACUCAGUUUGGUGGCGGAAAGACAACAGGCUUUGCCAUGGUUUACGACUCCUUAGACUACGCAAAGAAGAAUGAGCCCAAACACAGACUGGCCAGACAUGGUCUCUAUGAGAAAAAGAAGACCUCAAGGAAACAGCGCAAGGAACGCAAGAACAGAAUGAAGAAAGUACGAGGCAUUAAGAAGGCCAGUGUGGGUGCUGCUGGCAAAAAGUAAACCCGGACUGCCAGGGAGGGUCUUCGUGCUCAAGAUGUUCUUGUAUAUUGUCAUCCAAUAAACUUUGGAAAGAAA